AUGUCGAGCAACGGGAGAGAGAACAAUGAGAACAAUGAGAACAAUGAGAACUCUGAGAACUCUGAGAACAAUGAGAACAAUGAGAACUCUGAGAACUCUGAGAACAAUGAGAACUCUGAGAACUCUGAGAACAAUGAGAACUCUGUGAACUCUGAGAACAAUGAGAACUCUGAGAACUCUGAGAACAAUGAGAACAAUGAGAACUCUGUGAACUCUGAGAACAAUGAGAACUCUGAGAACUCUGAGAACAAUGAGAACUAUGAGAACUAUGAGAACUAUGAGAACUAUGAGAACAAUGAGAACAAUGAGAACAAUGAGAACUCUGAGAACUCUGAGAAUUAUGAGAACUCUGAGAAUUAUGAGAACAAUGAGAAUUAUGAGAACUCUGAGAACAAUGAGAACUCUGAGAACAAUGAGAACUCUGAGAACAAUGAGAACUCUGAGAACAAUGAGAACUCUGAGAACAAUGAGAACUCUGAGAACUCUGAGAACUGUGAGAACUCUGAGAAUUAUGAGAACUCUGAGAAUUAUGAGAACAAUGAGAACAAUGAGAACUCUGAGAACAAUGAGAACUCUGAGAACAAUGAGAACUCUGAGAACAAUGAGAACUCUGAGAACUCUGAGAACAAUGAGAACUCUGAGAACAAUGAGAACUAUGAGAACAAUGAGAACUAUGAGAACUAUGAGAAUUAUGAGAACAAUGAGAACUAUGAGAACUCUGAGAACUAUGAGAACUCUGAGAACUAUGAGAACAAUGAGAACAAUGAGAACACUGAGAACUCUGAGAACAAUGAGAACUCUGAGAACUCUGAGAACAAUGAGAACAAUGAGAACUCUGAGAACUAUGAGAACUCUGAGAACUCUGAGAACAAUGAGAACUCUGAGAACUCUGAGAACUUUGAGAAUUAUGAGAAUUAUGAGAAUAUUGAGAACUUUGAGAACUCUGAGAAUUAUGAGAACAAUGAGAAUAUUGAGAACAAUGAGAACUCUGAGAACAAUGAGAACAAUGAGAACUCUGAGAACUCUGAGAACAAUGAGAACAAUGAGAACAAUGAGAACUAUGAGAACUAUGAGAACUAUGAGAACUACGAGAACAACGAGAACUCUGAGAACAUGAGAACUCUGAGAACAAACUCUGAGAACAAUGAGAACUCUGAGAACAAUGAGAACUCUGAGAACUCUGAGAACAAUGAGAACUAUGAGAACUCUGAGAACUCUGAGAACUAUGAGAACUCUGAGAACUCUGAGAACAAUGAGAACAAUGAGAACUAUGAGAACUCUGAGAACUCUGAGAACAAUGAGAACUCUGAGAACAAUGAGAACUCUGAGAACUCUGAGAACAAUGAGAACUCUGAGAACUCUGAGAACAAUGAGAACUAUGAGAACUAUGAGAACUCUGAGAACAUUGAGAACAAUGAGAACUCUGAGAACUCUGAGAACAAUGAGAACAAUGAGAACUCUGAGAACUUUGAGAAAUCUGAGAAUUAUGAGAACAAUGAGAACAUUGAGAACAAUGAGAACUCUGAGAACUCUGAGAAUUAUGAGAACAUUGAGAACAAUGAGAACUCUGAGAACAAUGAGAACUAUGAGAACAAUGAGAACAUGAGAACUCUGAGAACAAACUCUGAGAACUCUGAGAACUAUGAGAACAAUGAGAACUAUGAGAACUCUGAGAACAAUGAGAACUCUGAGAACAAUGAGAACUCUGAGAACAAUGAGAACUCUGAGAACUCUGAGAACAAUGAGAACUCUGAGAACAAUGAGAACUCUGAGAACAAUGAGAACUCUGAGAACUCUGAGAACAAUGAGAACUAUGAGAACUAUGAGAACAAUGAGAACAAUGAGAACUCUGAGAACUUUGAGAACUCUGAGAAUUAUGAGAACAAUGAGAACAUUGAGAACAAUGAGAACUCUGAGAACUCUGAGAACUCUGAGAAUUAUGAGAACAUUGAGAACAAUGAGAACUCUGAGAACAAUGAGAACUAUGAGAACAGUGAGAACUCUGAGAACUCUGAGAACAAUGAGAACUCUGAGAACUCUGAGAACAAUGAGAACUCUGAGAACUCUGAGAACAGUGAGAACUCUGAGAACAGUGAGAACUCUGAGAACAAUGAGAACUCUGAGAACAAUGAGAACUCUGAGAACUCUGAGAACUAUGAGAACUCUGAGAACUAUGAGAACAAUGAGAACUAUGAGAACUCUGAGAACAAUGAGAACUCUGAGAACUCUGAGAACAAUGAGAACUCUGAGAACAAUGAGAACUCUGAGAACUCUGAGAACAAUGAGAACUCUGAGAACAAUGAGAACUCUGAGAACUAUGAGAACUCUGAGAACUAUGAGAACUCUGAGAACUAUGAGAACUCUGAGAACUAUGAGAACUAUGAGAACUAUGAGAACAAUGAGAACUAUGAGAACUCUGAGAACAAUGAGAACUCUGAGAACAAUGAGAACUCUGAGAACAAUGAGAACUCUGAGAACUCUGAGAACAAUGAGAACUCUGAGAACAAUGAGAACUCUGAGAACUAUGAGAACUCUGAGAACUAUGAGAACUCUGAGAACUAUGAGAACUCUGAGAACUAUGAGAACUAUGAGAACUAUGAGAACAAUGAGAACUAUGAGAACAAUGAGAACUAUGAGAACUAUGAGAACUCUGAGAACAAUGAGAACAAUGAGAACUAUGAGAACAAUGAGAACAAUGAGAACAAUGAGAACUAUGAGAACUAUGAGAACUCUGAGAACUCUGAGAACAAUGAGAACUCUGAGAACAAUGAGAACUCUGAGAACAAUGAGAACUCUGAGAACUCUGAGAACAAUGAGAACUCUGAGAACAAUGAGAACUCUGAGAACUAUGAGAACUCUGAGAACUAUGAGAACUCUGAGAACUAUGAGAACUCUGAGAACUAUGAGAACUAUGAGAACUAUGAGAACAAUGAGAACUAUGAGAACAAUGAGAACUAUGAGAACUCUGAGAACAAUGAGAACAAUGAGAACUAUGAGAACAAUGAGAACAAUGAGAACAAUGAGAACUAUGAGAACUAUGAGAACUCUGAGAACUCUGAGAACUCCGAGAACUCCGAGAACUCCGAGAACAAUGAGAACUCUGAGAACUCUGAGAACUCUGAGAACUAUGAGAACUAUGAGAACAAUGAGAACUAUGAGAACUAUGAGAACAAUGAGAACAAUGAGAACUAUGAGAACAAUGAGAACUCUGAGGACUAUGAGAACAAUGAGAACUCUGAGAACUCUGAGCCAUCCACAAUGCUAUGUAGACUAGAUUCAUUAUCAAAGAUUUGUCCUGUUCUACCAUAUCUGAAAAUCAUACCGUUUGCAGCUUGA